GCGCCGGAAGGCGUGUACACUGCGUCUCUGCGAGGAAGAGGCACUGAGAGACGAAGCUAAAGCCGCAUUCAAGACAAGAUGGCAGGAUUGCCCCGCAGAAUCAUCAAGGAGACUCAGCGCCUGCUGGCAGAGCCAGUGCCAGGCAUCAAGGCAGAGCCUGAUGAGGGGAACGCUCGCUACUUCCAUGUGGUCAUCGCUGGACCUCAGGACUCCCCGUUUGAGGGAGGGACUUUUAAACUUGAACUCUUUCUUCCUGAAGAAUACCCCAUGGCAGCACCUAAAGUACGCUUCAUGACCAAAAUAUAUCACCCCAACGUAGACAAGCUCGGGAGAAUAUGUCUAGAUAUUUUGAAAGAUAAAUGGUCCCCAGCCCUGCAGAUCCGCACAGUGCUGCUAUCGAUCCAGGCAUUACUAAGCGCUCCCAACCCCGACGAUCCCCUAGCAAACGAUGUUGCAGAGCAGUGGAAGACCAACGAAGCCCAAGCCAUAGAAACAGCCCGGACAUGGACCAGGCUUUACGCCGGGAACAAUAUUGAAGUCUAGAAAGAGGGAGGCAAAAGGAAAAAACAAGUUGGAAGUGUGAACACAACUCCUCGUGGUCUACCAAGGCCUGUUUAUUUACAUUUAAAGGACACAGUCUUAGGGGAAAGUUAUAAUACAACAAUUGUCAAGAAUAUAUUAAAGAAAAUGAAUGACAAUUACCUACAAUUUGUGAUUUAAAGGCACAUCAGCAUAAAACGUGAGGAAAAAAAAUGUAUUUGUCCUAAUUCACUACUGUUAAUUCACAUGGGCAGAGGACUUACAUCUAUCACACAGCUUUCAGUUCCCACUGAUCUGUGAGGUGUUAGAGCACCUCUGCUGGGAAGGCUACGUAGUUUGAAAAAAAAGAAAGGGAAAAAGGCUGUCAUUUGCUUGUCCCGUCAUAUGAACGAUAAGGGUGGGGGGUGAUGGGUAACUUUUUAUGUUUUUCUUUUAACCUCGUUUGUUUGUUUGUUUGUUUUUUCCCUCUUCAUGAUGCUGUUUGUUUUGAGAAGCAGCUGAUUAGUCUGAUUAGACAUACCCUUUCUGGCAAACUACAAACUCCUCCCCUUUUAGAAGACCUAGAAGGAAAAAGAAAAUGCUUUUUUUUUUUUAGAAAAAUACAAGACAUGAUACACAAAUUGUUGAUUAUGGCAAUGGUUAGACUAAAUUAACAUGGAAUAGCUUCCUCCAUCACAUUAACUGUUGUGACUGCUGAGCGUGUAGACUCUUAGUGUAGGUUUUUGCCUGUGCCCCCCACUCACUCCUCUCUUCCCUCACACACACACACACACACACACACACCACACACACACACUUUCCCCUCCCCCCUCCCCCUUCAGGCAAGACUGUACCAUGAGUUUUAGUUUUAACACUUCUGUUAUUGGUGUUAGUAUUUUUAUUUUUUAUCUUUCCUGCCAUUGUUGUACUAAUUGCACUCUCUAAACGUUAUCAUUGGCCUGCUGUUACUCCCUUGUCCAUUGCAGUCCAGUCCAGGUUGGAGAUCCGCUUGCCUUUCUUUUUUUCUUUUUUUUCUUUUUCUUUUUUUUUUUUUUGCUUUUAUUUUUGCUAACCUGAGGCCUGGAGGUGUGCAGAUGAUGAGGCCUUUUUGGGGGUUGGGCUCAGGAGCCCAGGCUGGGGAUGCAGGAUGCAGGUGACCUGUGAAUGCUUUGUCUCCAUUUCCACGAUCGGGCUUUUGGUUUGAGAUGUUCCGAUUCAUUGUAUGUAAAUUCCUUCUUUCUAAAGGGGAGAACGAUUUCCUGCUUUCUGAAUGACAUGAACAGUCCACAUACUUUUGUUCUUUCUGUAAAUAAAAUCUGUUGAUUAAUAAGA